CAAGAAUACGGGAAAGUACCUAACCAGGGAGUGACGUCCCGCUUGACUCCGGUGGUGUGCUCCGCCUGAUCUAACGAACAGAAACUGAUCCUGACCUCGAUGCCGCCCCGCCGAGAGCCCCCCAGCUGAUUCAGCAACCACAAGCACUAGCAAAUCCACCUCCUUAUCCCGAACCAGGGACUUCAUCGCUAAUAUCAAAGCCAUCUCCAUAUGACGAACCAAGACGACAACUGGAGGCAAUAACCUCACCAGUGGCUCAUCGCACUCGAAGUCACGCCACUAUAAAGCCAUCUGCAGUGCCUGAGGUAGGCUAUGCCCCACAGUUGCCGAUGGUGGAAGUGUCGGGACCUGAGGGAGUGAUUAUGGUCCACCGUCACUGGACUGCAGACGACAUCAUGAAAGCGGCCGACGGCCUGAGCAAGCCAGGUGACAUCGGCGGACGACACUUCGGACAAGAACUGAUGGCAUUCGUGCAGUCCUGCAGACCAACUCAGGCUGAACUGAGACGGUUGUUGAUGAUUCGACUCAGACCACAGUAUAACCGCAUUGACAAAAACUGGGUGGAUGGAGAUGUCCAUCUCCACCUGCCUGAGUGGAAAUGCACCACCCCAGGGCCAACAGGACCUGAAUGGCCCAUAUAGAGAAAUGAUUAGAGGACUGAUCGAAAGGGUGGAAACAGCCUAUCCAACCACCAUCAACACCGACAUGAUAGCAGCAUGCAAACAGAGAGAUGACGAACCCGUCACUGACUUUCUCGUCCGUCUGACGCAUGUCCACACUGACCAUUGUGGUAUUGACACACCAGCACAACGAGCAGCAGGACCUGGAGAAGUAGGGGCAUGGGAAGCUCAUCUGAGAAACAGCUUCCUAAUGAACAUGAGAAAAGAAAUCAGCGAUCUGAUUAGAAAAAACUGCAUAGGCUACAGCAGAGCUCCCCUAUCUACUAUUGAGGAGCAUGCCAAGCAUCAUGAGACAAUCCUGGGGAAGAAAGACGCCAGACGAGAGCGUCAACAAGCAGAUACCACACACCAAGCGAUGCUGACGAGGCUCCAGACGAUGGGAGAUCAAGGGGAAGGCCGCGGACGAGGAAGUAGUCGUGGCAGGGGACGUGGUCGCGGAAGAGGCAGAGGCAGAGGAAGAGGAAAAGGAGGGAAAACUGAUUGGAUGAAAGGACAGGAAUGCUACAACUGUGGAAAGUUUGGACACUUUGCCAGAAACUGUCCGGAGGAGGAUAACUCAUACGACAGGGGCACAGACCAGGAUCCCACAAUCCAUGAGUGACGGGCGGUGGAGAGGCAGGACAGCAGCGGACCACUGAGUGAAGACGGCAAAAGAGAAGUGACAAAUUUAAAUUACCAACUAUUACAGCAGAUUAGUAAAGGGCCAAGAGGCCUCCCCGAGGUAACUGUGAAA